UUCCUUUUAAUUGCAAGGUCUCGAUUGUUUCCCCCCCCCCUUUUGCCCCUUCCCCAAACCGGAGUAGCUCUAUUUGUUAAGAGAGAGGGGGGGGAUUCUGGGGAAGCGCCGCCCAGUGAUGCAUCUCCUCCCCUCCUCUUAAUCCCCCAAAACUGGGGGGGGGGACAAUUUUCCAUCUCCCCUUUUGCGUGAAGGCGAGGGGGGGGGGAGAGAAAGAAAGAAUGACAUGAUUUAACUGCACAGCCGGAAUUUCAAGCCCCUUUCAUCUACCUCGCCGCGCCCACUGCGCUUUCCGACCGAGAACCGAAUUCUCUCCGGUUUCGGAGGAAACGGAAUGAUGUUUCUCCGGAUUUGGGGGGCUGUACCUGAGAAACAGCUGUGGAUUGGGACCUUGGGUUACCCAGCAGAAACUGCCUAUUGAAAAAGGACGUCGUUCCCAAACGAGGAUUUUUAAAAAAAAAAAAAAAAAAGAGAGAGAGAGGGAGAAAGAAGUAACCUUGAGAUCUAGCGGCUUUAAAAAAAAAAAAAAACGCAAAGAAAAACAGCUAUGGGUUGUGCUCCCAGCAUUCAUAUAUCUGACAGCCGGGUGGUUUAUCACAGUAACAAAGAUCCGGAGGACUCCAAUUCGUCUCAGCAAGGCAAUCCAGUCCCUGGAUUAUUCAUUAAAUCUUCCAACACCACCUCGUACAAGUUGAGAACUAAUCUAACUAAGAAAGAUUCUCGGGACAACAUGGAAGCAGAAUCAAGGACCAAGCGAUCCAGCGUGAAGGCAGCGGGAACCGAUGUGCAAUUUGGCCCCAUGAGGCUUCACCGAGAACAACUUCAGGUACUCUUAGUGUUUGCCAAAGAAGACAACCAGAGCAAUGGCUUCUGCUGGGCCUGUGAAAAAGCAGGCUUCCGCUGCAGCAUUGCCAGGACACCUGAAUCUGCCCUUGAGUGUUUUUUGGAUAAACACCAUGAAAUCAUCAUUAUUGAUCACAGGCAUUCGAGAUACUUUGAUGCAGAAACGCUAUGCAGGUCCAUUAGAACAACAAAACCAUCUGAAAACACUGUUAUUAUUGGGGUCGUGCGGAGACAUGCAGAUCGCGAAGAGUCGUCCUUAUUGCCUUUUCUUUCUGCAGGCUUCACAAGGAGAUACGUUGAAAACUCGAACAUCAUGGCUUGUUACAAUGAACUCAUACAGUUGGAAUUUGGAGAAGUACAGGCACAAUUUAAACUAAGGGCUUGCAAUUCAAUAUUUACAGCAUUAGAUAAAAGUCAAGAAGCCACUGAGAUUACAAGCGAAGACCACGUAAUACAGUAUGUAAAUCCUGCCUUUGAAGCGGUAAUGGGCUAUCAGAAAGGCGAAUUAGUAGGAAAGGAACUAACAGAAGUGCCUACAAAUGAAAAAAAAGCAGAUUUCCUUGACACUAUAAAUUCUUGCAUCAAGUUUGAAAAGGAAUGGCAAGGAACUUACUGUACCAAAAAGAAAAAUGGCGAGAGCAUACAACAAAAUGUGAAGAUCAUACCUGUCAUUGGACAGGGAGGAAAAAUAAGACACUAUGUGUCACUUAGUAGACCGUGCAAUGACAACAAUAAGGCGGAAAAAAUCUGCGAACGAGUACAAGCCGAGUCCCAGACAGAUAUCCAGACCUGCAGACACAAAGACAGGAGAAAAGGCUCUCUCGAUGUCCGAUCCACUACCUCUCGAGGCAGUGACGGAAGUUCUCAGAGGAGGCACUCGUCCAUGGCCCGCAUACAUUCCAUGACAAUCGAGGCACCGAUAACCAAGGUAAUAAAUAUUAUCAACGCUGCUCAAGAAAGCAGUCCCAUGCCAGUGGCCGAAGCGUUGGAUAGAGUCCUGGAGAUCUUGAGGACUACUGAGUUGUAUUCUCCACAGCUUGGCACAAAAGAUGAAGACCCCCACACAAAUGAUCUUGUUGGUGGCUUGAUGACGGAUGGACUACGAAGAUUGUCGGGGAACGAAUACAUAUUAUCUGCAAAGCAAACCCAUCAAGUACCAGGCAGUUUGAUCUCACCCAUCUCCCUGAAUGACAUCCCGCCCAGCAUAGCUCAAGCAAUGGAAAAUGAAGAAGAUUGGGAUUUUAAUAUUUUUGAAUUGGAGGCUGCAACUCAUAAAAGGCCUUUAGUUUAUCUUGGCCUCAAACUCUUUGCCCGCUUUCGGAUCUGUGAGUUUCUCGGUUGCUCUGAGUCUACUCUGAGGUCUUGGUUGCAAAUCAUAGAAGCCAAUUACCAUGUAUCCAACUCUUACCACAAUUCAACCCACUCGGCGGACGUGCUGCACGCCACGGCCUACUUCCUUUCUAAAGAAAGAGUCAAGGAAACCUUGGAUCCCAUUGACGAAGUUGCUGCGUUGAUAGCUGCCACUGUCCACGAUGUGGAUCACCCUGGGCGAACCAAUUCUUUCCUGUGUAAUGCAGGAAGCGAACUGGCUAUUUUGUACAACGACACGGCUGUGUUGGAAAGCCACCAUGCAGCCCUGGCCUUCCAAAUCACCACCCGGGAUGAUAAAUGCAACAUUUUUAAAAACAUGGAGAGAAAUGAAUACCGAACACUGCGACAAGCCAUUAUUGACAUGGUCUUGGCCACGGAAAUGACCAAACAUUUUGAGCACGUCAACAAAUUUGUCAACAGUAUAAACAAGCCCUUGGCUGCCGUUGAAGACAAUGGGAGUUCCAAUGGCGAUGGGGAUCCCAUCAAAAAUGUCCUGACGUCUCCUGAGAAUCGAAUUCUGAUCAAAAGGAUGCUAAUUAAGUGUGCUGAUGUUUCCAACCCCUGCCGUCCGUUGGAACAGUGCAUUGAGUGGGCAGGUCGCAUCUCGGAGGAAUAUUUUGCACAGACCGAUGACGAGAAGAGGCAAGGUUUACCUGUUGUGAUGCCGGUUUUUGACAGGAAUACUUGCAGUAUCCCUAAAUCUCAAAUGUCGUUCAUUGAUUAUUUCAUCACGGACAUGUUUGACGCUUGGGAUGCUUUUGCAGAUCUACCAAAUCUGAUGCAGCACCUAGACAACAACUUCAAGUAUUGGAAGGGGCUGGAUGAGAAGAAGCUGAGGACUCUUCGGGAGCCCCCUGAGUAGCUAUCAGACCGUCGGACACGUGUAUCGUCCCUCAGGAAGCCGGUUCCUUCAAACUUGCCUUUGAGAUUUGUUUGGUCUCUUCGGUAUGACACCGGGAGCUUUUUGUUCCCUGCCGUGGGGAGGUUGGACGACCUGAAGAGCCUCAAGGUCAGAAGGACCCCCUUCUCCACCCACCAUCUAGCAAUGGAGGAGAUCACUCUACUUUUCAAGCUGAAUUACACUGGAUAGAUGCCCGCAUCCGAGAGAACUGAGCCUAAUCGCUUGCAUUAUUAGCAUGCUUGGAAGUGAUGUUUGGAGAGACCCUCUUCUUAGGAGAUCUUAGCGUACGGUUCUUCAGAAGAGCAAGUGAAGGAGGGAAAAAAAAAACGCCCCUCACCGUGUGGACUCAGAAACAUUAUGAGAAUCUUUAUCACGAGCACUAAAACAAUAAAAUAAACUGAAACAGGUACAUGGAACAAUCUGACACUGACAAUACGAACUCUUCCUGAAGGAGCUCUCCUUUUUUUUUUUGAUCUUCUCAAAUGGACUUAGCUGUAUUUUUUCACGUCGCUGAAAGGGCGGCCACUGGGUCUUGGGCACUACUGCGAGAGAGUUCUCUUCCAAUUUAGUCGCAAAUGGAAGCAGACCAAUGGACGCCUCCCUCCCCCUUGCCCCUGUAGAUUUUCUGAAGCUGAUCGUUAGGCACCUCUGAUUAAAAUAUGUUUUAUUUAUUUUGUUAGAUGCUGAAUAUUUUCUAUAAAAUUUAUAAAGACUAUAAACGCCAAAGCCAACUUCCAGACGCGUUAACGGUUUUUCGUGGUUCCUAACUCGUUGUGCAUUUUCUUCUCAGAUUGCAAAAAAGGGCGGGCAACGAAUAUGACCUUUUAUUGCACACGGGGGGGGGGGAGGAAUUGAGGGCUAUAUUGGUUUUAUAUUAGAAAAAGUCCUCAACUUACAACCGCUUGUUCAGCAAACCUUUGAAUUACUGUGGCACUGAAUAAUGGUUACAAGCAGCCUUUGCAAUUCACUUCCUGACCGGCACCUCCUGCACAUGGAAUGGGACAACUCCCCACGGGCAACUCGCCGUGGGACAAUUUAACAAUUCUAUUUAUUUAAAAUAAAUUUUAAAAAAUGUUUUAA